GCUCCCCUCCCCUUCCAGGCUCCACCACGCUGCUCCCUCACGCUCUCGUCCCCACCGUAAGCGGCGAGCUGGCUCCGGCCAAUAUUUGCCUUUCUGCUUGGAUAUCAUUUCCCCAUUUACUAGCUCUUUUUCGUUUUGUGCACGCGGUGGACACUGGAGUGGAGACGUCAGCGCGUUGGACGGCCCUCGCCGGCUUUGCUCUUCAUUGCUCUGCGCCUCCCUAGUCAUGGAUUGAUGAGUGUUUUUUCUUCCGACCUCUGCCUCAACCAAGUUGCGAAAAGAGUGUGCAUAACCUGCGGCGCUCUGUUUCCCAGCUUCAUGUUUUUCCCGGACUCUUUUCUAAGUACCUGGCUCCGCAUGCGUCUUUGCGGUUUGCCGAUUUGAACUUUUUUUUUCUUUUUUCUUUUGUUUUGGGAAAAGGAUUUCAUUCAAAACCGGGAUUUUUGAAAGUCUACCAACAUUUAUUUGUGAAAAGUGAUGGCCGAGCGGGGAGCUCUGUUGCUCCUCUCUCUCCACUUCUGUCUUACCUUUCUGUGCACGGGGAGCACGGCGGCCAAGCAUGUUGACAAAGCAUCAGCAGCACAGCCUUUCAACCCAUUCCGGUUCACGGUGGAGCCCCGAGACACAGUGGCUAUUCGGGGUAACUCUGCACAGCUCAACUGUUCUGUACACAGUGAUGCAGCCGUACCAGCACGCAUAGAGUGGAAGAAAGAUGGCACCUUCAUGAGCCUGGUUUCGGAUGAGAGACGGCGCAUACUCCCUGACGGCUCCCUCCUCUUCACCCAUGUGGUUCACUCAAAGCACAACAAACCCGAUGAGGGCACUUACCAAUGUGUGGCCACCAUCGAAAACCUAGGAUCCAUUUCUAGUGGCACAGCGCACCUCUAUGUUGCAGGAAUGCCCAGGUUCGGCAGCCAGCCAGCACCUACAUCUGUGCGUCAAGGUGACAGCCAAGUCAUGGCCUGUGAAGUCAAUUCAGACCUGGUGCCCUUCACCCGCUGGGAGAAAGACCGUCAGCCCCUGGAGCUCAACUUGAGACUGGUCCAACUACCCACUGGUGCCUUGGUGAUCAGCAACGCCACAGAAAAUGAUUCUGGUCUUUACCGUUGCUUGGUGGAGAAUGUGGGGUCAUCAAAGUCCAGUGAAGAGGCGCAGCUCCAAAUCCUGCCAGAAACUGGAGACGAGAGGAAGCUGGAGUUCCUUGUACAGCCUGUGCCUGUGACCAAGGUGCUGGGUGCCAGUGUCCUGCUGGCCUGCGUGGCUGCAGGUUUUCCAACACCACAUGUGCGAUGGAUGUUUAAAGAUAAACCGCUAGAGGAAAGCGAGGGCCGCAGGGAAUUGCUUGGAGGUGGCAGUCUUCAGAUUUCCAAUCUCACAGAGGAGGACGCUGGCAUUUACACCUGUGUGGCUGACAACACCAAUGCAACAAUUGAAGCCCCGGCUCAACUCACUGUGCAAGUUCCUCCCCAGUUUGCAAAGAGGCCGGCCAACAUUUACGCCCAUGAGUCCAUGGACAUCGUGUUUGAGUGCGAAGUCACAGGUUCACCAGCCCCCACAGUGAAGUGGGUCAAGAAUGGCGACGCUGUUAUUCCAAGCGACUACUUCAAAAUUAUUAAGGAACACAAUCUACAGGUGCUGGGCCUGGUCAAAUCCGAUGAGGGUUUCUACCAAUGUCUUGCAGAAAAUGAUGCCGGAAACAUUCAAUCCAGCGCUCAACUCAUCAUCUUGGAUCACGAUGUAGCCCUUCCCCCUCUCCCUCCCCCCUCACUGACUCCUAACACUACUGACCAUGUAACGUCAGGCUCUGGGGGUGUAGCUGGUCCAGCAGGACCCACUCCCACCGCCCCCCGCGAUGUUGUGGCUUCGCUGGUUUCCACCCGCUUCAUCAAGCUUACCUGGCGCCCGCCGGCUGAACCGCACGGAGACGAGCUAACCUACUCUGUUUUCUACAGCCAAGAGGGCACAAGCAGGGAGCGAGUUGUAAAUACAAGCCGACCAGGGGAGUUGCAGGUCACCAUCCAGAAUCUGAUGCCAGACACCAAAUAUCGCUUUAGGGUUUUGGCCCACAACAUCAACGGCCAAGGAGAAAGCUCUACUGCUCUAAAGGUGGCCACCCAGGCUGAAGUUCAAGUUCCCGGCCCAGCUCCGAAUCUUCAGGCGGCAUCGAAUUCACCGACCUCUGUCACUCUGAGUUGGGACAAACCUAUCACCGGCAAUGGAGAGAUCCUCACCUACAAGUUGUACUACACAGACAAAAGCAUAGGAAAUGAACAGGAUGUUGAUGUCGAUGGUCUGUCAUUCACCAAGACCGGUCUGAAGAAGAACACGCAGUACAGUUUCCGUGUUGUGGCCAACAAUAAGCACGGUCCAGGUGUCUCCACUGACGAUAUUAUAGUUCGCACAUUGUCUGACGUGCCAAGUGCGCCUCCUCAAAAUUUUACUCUUGAGGUGCAAAACUCAAAGAGCAUCAUGCUUCGGUGGCAGCCGCCGCCCUCAAAUUCCCAGAAUGGAGAAAUCACCGGAUACAAGAUCCGAUACCGUAAAGGAUCACGGAGAAGUGAGACAGCGGAGACCACCGGAGGGACCCAGCUGUCCAAGCUCAUUGAUGGUCUCGAGCGUGGGACAGAGUAUUCCUUCCGAGUGUCUGCCAUAACAGUGAACGGCACGGGCCCAGCCACCGACUGGACUACUGCAGAGACAUUUGAGAGUGACUUGGAUGAAUCACGGGUCCCAGAUCAGCCCAGUUCGCUUCACGUCCGUCCACUGGUCAGCAGCAUCGUGGUGAGCUGGACGCCGCCAGAGAACCAGGACAUUGUUGUACGUGGCUACAGCAUUGGUUACGGCAUUGGCAGCCCUCAUGCUCAGACCAUCAAAGUAGAUUACAAGCAGCGCUACUACACCAUUGAAAAUCUCGACCCCAGCUCCCACUAUGUGAUCACACUCAAGGCCUUCAACAACGUGGGUGAAGGGAUUCCUGUAUAUGAGAGCGCCAUCACAAGGCCACAGUCAGACCCCAUAGACCCUGAUGUUGACCUGUACGAACUCUUCCAUGCUCCAUACACCCCAGUUCCAGAUCCCACCCCCAUGAUGCCGCCUGUGGGUGUUCAGGCCUCCGUUUUGAGCCAUGACACCAUUAAAGUCACCUGGGCGGACAACUCGCUGCCGAAGAACCAGAAGAUCACAGAUAACCGCUACUACACAGUGCGCUGGAAGACCAACAUCCCUGCCAACACCAAAAUGAAGGUUGCCAACACCACCAGCCUAAACCACAUGGUGUCAGGACUGAAGCCCAACACCUUGUACGAGUUCUCCGUUAUGGUGACCAAAGGUCGACGCACGAGCACAUGGAGCAUGACAGCCCAGGGAACCACCUUUGAAACCAUUCCUAGCUCGUCCCCCAAAGAUGUGACAGUGGUGAGCAAAGAGAACAAGCCUCGCACCAUCAUCAUCAACUGGCAGCCUCCCUCUGAGGCCAAUGGGAAAAUCACAGGUUACAUCAUCUACUACAGCACAGAUGUCAAUGCGGAGGACCACGACUGGGUCGUUGAACCCGUGUUGGGCAACCGCCUGACUCACCAGAUCCAGGACCUUACUCUAGACACCACAUACUAUUUCAAGAUUGAGGCUCGAAACUCAAAAGGCAUGGGCCCCACGUCUGAGGCUGUACACUUUAGGACCCCAAAGACUGAGUCCUCUGACAAAAUGGCUAAUGACCAAGCCUCAAAUCUUCCAUCGAAGCCUGGACCUCCGGGCAACCAACUUCCCCUUGAUCCUGGAUCAGCAGUUGGCAAAUCCGGUAUGGGAAGCAAUGAAAAUCACAUCCUGGUCAUCGUCAUCAUCAUCUCAGUGGGAGCGUUCAUCAUCAUCCUGGUAGUUGUGGGGGCCUUCCUGUGCACACGGCGCACCACGUCACACCAGAAAAAGAAGCGGGCGGCCUCCAAGUCGUCCAAUGGCUCGCACAAAUACAAGGGCACCUCCAAAGAUUUGAAACCGCCUGAUCUUUGGAUCCACCAUGAGCGGCUGGAGCUCAAACCAAUGGACAAGUCACCGGAGCCAAACCCGGUCAUGACCGAAACACCCAUCCCGCGCACCUCCCAAGACAUAACUCCAGCAGACAGCGGCAUGGACAGCAACCCCCAUCUGCAGCAGAGGCGAAAUUCCUACCGUGGCCAUGAAUCAGAGGACAGCAUGUCGACCCUUGCAGGCCGGCGGGGGAUGAGGCCUAAAAUGAUGAUGCCUUUUGAUGCACAGCCACCUCAGCCUGUAAUUAGCGCUCAUCCCAUCCAUUCCCUCGAUAACCAUCAGCACCAUUAUCACAUGGGCAGCCUGGCAUCGCCCACGCGCAGCUACCUCUACCAUCAGGGCAGCGGGCACCCCCGUGUGCAUCCCUGCAGCCCUGUCUCCCAUUUAGACACAGAGUCGGUGAGGAAUACACCUUGUUCGGAGCCUCUUCCUCCAGCUGCCUCAUCCUCGCAGGCCUCCUGCCCCUCAGAGAUACUUGCAGAGCCCGAGGGCAGCUACCACGGCUCCAGCACCACGGAGGAAGAGUGCUGCUACACCGGCAACCUGCCGCCCCUGCGCUCGGCCCACCCGCACGCCCACGCUCACCCUCUGAAGAGCUUUGCCGUGCCUGCCAUCCCAGCUUCGGGUCAUCCUAGCUUCGAGUCCCCGGCGCUGCCCAGCACUCCCCUGCUCGCUCAGACUGGGCCUCCCACACACCCCCAUGUCGUUAAAACAGCCUGCAUCGGCACUCUUGGAAGGACUCGAACGCCAAUGAUAGUCAACGUGCCCAACGCCCCCGACGUCCCAGAGACUAGCAAGAUGCUGGAGGAUGUCGACAGCGUGCUUGCCUCCCUACCCCCCUGCCCCUCCCCCGCCCCUCGCAGUAACCCUGUUCCUCUCCCUCAGAGUUACGAACCAGAUGAGCUGACCGAGGAGAUGGCCCACUUGGAGGGCCUCAUGAAGGACCUCAAUGCCAUCACCACAGCACCAUGAGCUUACACACACACACACACGCACACACACUACACUCCAUACAGAUAAACCAUUGGCACAGGAAAGUAAAGAAAUAAAUAAAUAAACAUUUGGGAGCAAGUGGCCCAUGGACACACAAAAUGACUUCUGUGGGACCCCCACACCCCCAACACCUUUCGUCCUGCAAAGAAAAAAAAAACUCCUAGGAACUUUUUUGGCUCACCUUUCUCAAUCUCAGGAAGGAGAUGGCCAUGGCGCUUCAUGUUUUUAUGAAGAACCAUUCUCGGAGACAAUGAACUCGGUCAAAUGAUUGUGAUCUUACUUCCUCAGCAAAAAUACAAACAUGUUUUGUUUGUUUGUUUGUUCGGUGCCACAUGACGAUGCACGUCUGUCAAAAGUCCAACGACAUGCUAGUAUUGAUGUUGGUCCAUGCGGUCUCUGUGUUUCUUUUGUGCGUUUUGUAUAUCUAUUGGGUAGUUUCAGUGAAGUGAACAUUGGACAUCCGCCUUCUUUACAACCCAACAUUAUCCGACAUUUAGUCAUGUAUGUUUGUAUCCCCUUGUACCACGAUUGUAUUGUUUUCUACGUUAUUGUAUUCUUUAUUUUUUACAUACGUAUCCUUAUAAACAUGUACAUAUGUUGUUUUUAUUUUUUAAAUUGCGUCAUUCUUUGAUUUGAAAGGAAAGUGUCACAAAGGAGUUCUAACAUUUUGCAAGUUUUCUUUCCAGGGGUCUCCUUUCUAAAAGCCUUACUGCCGUGUCUGCAGGUUGGAAGGUUGAGUUGACUUGGACUCAGGGUGCUGUCCCCACAAGCCCCUCCCCUUCCUGGCACACUCACACUUAUACUGCAGUCAAACAAUCACCUACAAUAGACCAGUUGUCUUUUUUACAAAGUGAGUGUGUCGUGGCGUAUACACUCAUUCCUGGUGGCCCCUUGAGUGCAACAUUAUGGUUCUAUUAUACGUGAAAGACAUGUUGGCCUUUAGAACGGGACUCAUCAUUUUUGUAAGAAGAAAAAAAGGCUAGUUACAAGCCUGAUGUCAAGUCUACUUUCCUAUCAUCCUGUUACCCAAAGAAAUUUAUGGUCAUCAUUUGCGAACUCAAUUUUUGGGAUGUUUCUCACAUAUCCAUUAUCAUGAAUGUCAUUAUUAGUGUGGGAGAUUUUAAUCAUGGAUACAAACCUUUUCUUUUUUUUAUUUGGGGGUGGGGGGAUGUUUGAUCAAAAACAAAACAAAGAUGGGGGGAUGUUUGAUCAAAAACAAAACAAAGAGGGAAGUUAAAAUAAAUAAAUAAAUAAGGGCCGGACUCCAUUUGGGAAAUUAUCUAUUGAGUUGUUAACAGUUGAAACCUGUAUUGCACUUUUUCACAGUUUUUGGAAAGUAAAUUUCUUACAUAUCUUGUGUUUUGAAUAUCAAAUGCUGUUUGUGUAGUGUAGUUGUCCUCUAGGUAAAGAAGCAGGCAGCUGGUCUUGUUUUAUUUUAUUUUUUAAAUUGAUUUAUUUUUUUUUUCCUGCUCCAGAAAUGAUACAAAUUUGAGCAGCCGAGUGUUGAUUUUGCAGCUCAUGGUGAGGAAUUAUGUUGUUGCUUGUUCAUGUACAGAGAUUUCUUUGCUUUCUGUAGAAAAAAAAUCGGUGGCUUUUUAAGAAAACGUGAAAAACAUGUCUGGGAGAAUUUGUUUUUGUAUGUAUACAAGCUAAUAUGAAUACUAACAAAAUAAACAUUUCAUGUUUUAUUUCAGCGCAAAUAUCCAAGAAGGCCAAGUAGACAACGUGUGCAAUUGUUGUAGCACUGGCCACCACAUUAGGUACAUCUUCCCAAAUCUGGACCUAAAAUCACAUUUAAAUUUUUUUAUAAACAUUCUCUGUGAAAGAUUUCAUAAAUGUCAAGUAAACUGGCAAAAUGUUCUGGACUCCUCACACACAGAUGUUGCAUUAUUCAUUUUUAUGAAGUAAUUUACUGAUAUCUGUGAUAAACAUGUUCCAAUUAAAAUGUUGUCCGUUCGAUCA